AUGGCAGUCAACAUUCUUCCAGUUAUCGAGCUUGAUUCGGACUACGAAAGCAUCAGCAGCAGCAACUCUACGAUAGAUGCAAACGGAUAUUCCUCGCCAGCGUCCUCGAUAUCGCCAUCCCCAGGGUUUAGAGGCGAUGAUUUCAUGUCAGAUACUGAUUUUGAGGCCUAUGUGCAUUCUCUAUCAGGCAAUGAUGAAUCGCCGAGUCCUACACCACGGAGAGCUAAGGAAAGAACUAUUCCCGCCCAGCGAGUACUGCCUCCGAGAACACACCUCAGUGAGAUUCGUUAUCAGGGACGGACAUAUAGACCUGGGAAGUUUAUUGAACUGCAAGAUGGAACAUUUAUUCGAGUCAAUCGGAUCUUGCAGUCAUCGGACAAGACUGUCGUUUCUGGGCCCAAAUUCGAACGCCUAGAAAAUAUGGGAAGUCGGAUGCCCGAUAGACCUAAUGAGCUUUGCUGGGUUAUUGACCAGGGAGACUACAGCAGCAGCAGCAGCAGACACAGCAAUGCCUCCCAGUACCGGCCCUAUAGUGGAGAGGUGGAAGUUCCACUCUCUGCGAUCCGCCGGUUACGGAUUAUCAGGUUAACGAACAAACGAUACAGCCCUACACUAGAUGAGAACAGAGAUGACGGGUUCCUUUUUUGCCGGAUGAAAUAUACCCGGGUAUGGAAGAUACGGCCAUCAGUGUCUGGCCGUGGUACUGCUGAUAUUGUGGAAGAGAAAAUCACCUUUCUCCUACCAGAGGAUUGUCAGAGCUCCCUUUCGGUCUCUCGCGAGGAACUUAGAAACAACUGGCGUGGCACUGUGCUGCACAAGCGGCGAUACACAUUUGGAGAUGGUUUCUGCGGUGCCGGCGGCGUAUCGAGAGGCGCACAGCAAGCUGGUCUUAAACUUUCGUGGGCUUUUGAUAAGUCAGAGUCAGCCAUCAACAGCUACAGAGCAAACUUCCCUUCCUGUCUCGCAGAGCACAGCGAGGUGGCGCAGUUUCUAACCAGUUUACCCAGGGAGCUACUGGUGGAUGUGAUGCAUGUUUCUCCCCCCUGUCAGCCCUUCUCCCCGGCAAAAACCAUAGCUGCGGCGCACGACGAGGCCAAUGAAGCAUGUCUAUUCAGCAUAUACCGACUGAUAGAGCUGUGUAAGCCCCGCGUGGCAACGAUGGAGCAAACGAGUGGCCUAAAGCAACGCCAUCCUAUCUGGCUGGAUGCUAUCAUUCAUUCCCUGAUAGAGCUCGGUUAUAGUGUGAGAUGGCGACUCGUUAAUUGCAAGGACUACGGCGUGCCGCAGUCAAGGUGCAGAUUGAUACUCAUAGCUGCUGGUCCCGGAGAAGAAUUACCACCUUUCCCCCAGCCUACUCAUGGAGAUGAGCCAGGAAAACUGCCUCUUGUUACAAUUCUUGACGCUAUCAGUGGUAUACCCAGCACAGCACCGGACCAUGACCUAGAACGAGCAGAGAGACCCUUUGAGCGACGACCUUAUGACCCACGCUCGCUAGCAAGGACGCUGACCUGUUCCGGAGGAGACAAUUUCCAUCCAUCGGGCACAAGGACAUUUACCCUACGCGAGGCAGCUUCACUGCAGACUUUCCCGUUGAACCAUACCUUCUGUGCCCCUGGCGUGAUGAAGCAAAUCGGCAAUGCGGUGCCUCCUGUCCUUGCCCGAGCUGUCUUUGAUGAGGUCGUCAAAUCGCUUAGGAACACUGACUGUCCAGCGACCGGGCCCGCCAAUACGCCCAUUACCAUCGACUGA